AUGGCUACCUCAAUAUCAAAGCUGUUUUUGGGUUUGCUUCUCCUUGCAUUCUUCACGGCAACAAACGGCCAACUCAAAGUUGGCUACUACGCAGAGACUUGCCCAAAUGCUGAGGCAAUCGUGAAGGAAGUGAUGGAUCAAGUCAUGUAUGUGGCUCCUAGCCUUAGUGGCCCUCUCCUAAGGAUGCACUUCCAUGAUUGCUGGAUCAGGGGUUGUGACGGUUCCAUUUUAAUAAACUCCACAAAGAACAACACCGCUGAAAAGGAUUCACCUCCUAAUUUCACCCUAAGAGGGUAUGGAGUCAUCGACAGAGUGAAGGCAGCCCUCGAGAAGGAAUGCCCCGGAGUUGUUUCCUGCGCCGAUACCUUAGCCAUAGUGGCCAGAGACGUUACAGUUGCGGUAAGUUUUGCUAUACUACGAGUAUUGUAA